UAUCUUGUGUUUCCUGAUAGACUCUGACAGUCGGUCAGCUGUUGCAGGAAAGUUUUGACACAGUCUGAUAGCUCUCUGUAUCUGCUGUUUAUUAGAUGUUUAACCUCCUCGGAACCAAACUCAGUGGGUGCGCUUUUCAUCUGUUUAAUCCAUCGACUGCCUUCCUGUAAAUCAAUCCGGUUUGUAUCUUCAUAUUUGUAAAAUUUGCCGCUACACUAACUUGGAGCAACUUUCGUAAUGAGUUUGAACGAGCACUCGUUACAGGCUCUGUCAUGGAGAAAACUGUACUUGAGUCGAGCCAAGUUAAAAGCCACCAGCCGCACUUCAGCCCUGCUGUCCGGAUUCGCGAUGGUUGCCAUGGUGGAAGUACAGCUGGAGCGGGAUCAUAAAUAUCCUCCAGGGCUGCUGAUAGCCUUCAGCGCCUGCACCACAGUUCUGGUUGCAGUACACCUCUUCGCCCUUAUGAUCAGCACCUGCAUCCUCCCUAACCUCGAGGCUGUCAGCAAUGUUCACAACCUCAACUCCGUCAACGAGUCUCCUCACGAGCGCAUGCACCGCCACAUAGAGCUGGCCUGGGCUUUCUCCACAGUCAUCGGCACACUCCUCUUCCUGACGGAGGUGAUGCUCUUGUGCUGGGUGAAGUUCUUACCCCUCAAAAGCAACACUGACGAGAACAAUGGUACUAUAAGUUCCGGCGAGGCCGCAGCCAUCGCUUCCACCUGCAUCAUGGUGCCAUUUGGACUUGUUUUUAUCAUGUUCGCUGUCCACUUUUACCGCACGCUGGUGAGUCACAAAACAGACCGGCAGAUCCGAGAGCUGGAGCAGGUCAUUCAGCUCCAGAACCAGCUGGACCACAGGGCUGAGAAUGACGACCUGAAGGCCGCCAUCCAUUUCCCUUGAUCAUAGUCAGUUAGCACACAACAGCAGCGGACAUUCAACAGUGCCUUUAUUGUGAAAUCUCUUAUGAAAGCUUUAUUUUUUAUGUUAAUGAACUGUGCUCAGACGCUUCUUAUGGAAUUACACGCUUAAUCUGUUGAGUUGCUGUAGGUUUGACUCAGUCCACAUUUGGAUAGUACAUGUUCACAAAUUUCUACCUGUUAUAUAUUAGAAAAAAAUGUAAUUUUACCUUUAACUUAUAGGUAAAUCUUUUGCUCUCAGGCACUUAUUUCAGUGGCUUGAAUAAUGACAUAUCAAAUCACUGUCUAACAUCAUGCAUAAGGGAUAUAGCCACUUCAGGACACUUGCACUUAAGUGUACUAUCAUAGGAAUUGGAGUGAUACCCAUUUAUAAAGCUAAAUAGCCAGUGAGAAAUCACUGUACAGAUUUACUGUAGUGAUGAAAAGAUGUUGUUGUGCGGUGUAGAAGAGGACCUGCUUUCACCAGCACAAGGAAAAUCUGGGUUAUAUUGCUGCCCUGAGGAAGCUCCACGUAAAACCAAAACAAUGACUAAAUUAAAGGUGCACUUCCUUGUUUAAAUAUGGCUCAGCCAAACCAGAACUUCUUGUUAGAUUCAUGUGAAACAGCUCUGUUGUGAAGCCUGUCUUUAGCUCAGGUAGACAGAUAUUGGUGCUGCUCCGUCUGUGCUUCCAUGUGUCGUUACUGGUAGAUUUGAGCUGUCGCAGUUUUAUUCAGUGCUGCUGAUGGAGGCAUACUGUAUAACUGACCACCACAAUAGCAUCCAUCUGUGGCUAGUGUGUAGGAUUUCCUCUGUUACUGAUGUUUAUAAAUUGUUCAUUCAAAGGUAACAAAAAUACAACGAUUCAUAUCUUCAGGUGAUUAUACACUAAUGACAACAUCGUUAUGAAUAUAUACCAUUUCUGCCACUAUAUCCCCCUAAAUUGCACACACUUGACCUCUUAUAGCGUCCCUGCUCUCAUGUUUGCCUGGCUGUAAAUUAGGCUUUUAUAGGGAGCACUACCAAGCCGUUAUUACCAACACGGAUGUUCAUAUUCACUGUACAAAUUGUCUGACUGAAAUGACAGCUGUAUUAGACUCAUUGUAUGCAUGCUUUAAAACCAAAAUUAUGGAACAAGUUGCAUCCUUUUGAAACAUUUAUAAGGUCUUAGUGCUUUUUUUUUUGUAUAUACACACUUUUAUCGGAUUGAAUGGUUGAUUUCAGGAGCUUUUUAUUUUCCCCUAGUUACCAGUUAUUCUAGUUUGUGUCAAAUGUUUGCUCCUUUCCCUUUCCCACACCUAGGUUUUUCAGUCUUCUGAACAAUUUCCAUUUUACUAUUUGCAGAAUCCUCAUUUUUAAUGAGGAAUCUAUUUUCAUAGGAAAAUGAAGUUUUAAACAAAACACUUUAAGGGAACUUCACAAAACAAACAUAUUAGUCCAGCAGUAUUUGUGUGCAAUCAGAGGCAAAAGAGCACUUCUUAAAAAACAUAAAUGCUAGUCAGGGAGUGCUAUUAACCAAAUUGUGUUAUCGCUGUGCACAUAUUUUUAUAGCAAGGGUUCUGUAAAAUCGAUCUCAACUGCUCGAUUUCUUGUCGCUUUUGUGAUUUGAAUAUACUGUAAUCUGUAGAAAAUGGUUACUAGCUUUGAAGAAGUAUUGUUGAAUGUAUUAUUACAAAGCAUACGAGUAUUGGAAAUGUUUUGUACUUUUCAUAGUUUACAAGUUUGAGCAUGCUCACACAUUGUUUAGGUUACAGAUUAUUUAAGUGUGGAAAAUAGGCUGUUCUUUUUGUCCUGCGGCACAUUACUGAAUAGUUUUACUUAAGUUUGAUCAUUUUCUUCUUUUUCAUCUUUGCUGUAACGUUGGUACAAAAAUGUGCAUGUAUUUAUAGCUGUACGACAAUCCUUGUUUAUCAUUCUCUCAUGUGAUGGUGUCGUGACAACAUUUUCAUAGUAUAUCAUAUCCCAUAAUUGUAACAUGCUGUAAUUAUAUCAAGGUAAUGCUGUGGUUAUUGUUGCAAUAUCUGUAACACCCACCCCCUACACAUGGUUUAUACUGAGUCAUGGUAAAGUAUCUGUAGACAUUACCCCCAGAAUUUUCACUCAAAUUGUCCCGACCAGAUGAUAAUAUCUCUGUGACACGUAGCAGAGAACAAGGAGUCAUCAGGGGUCAGUAACUUACAGACUAGUUAAAUGGUGGUUUUGCUUCUCCAAAGCACUGUUGAUGGUGUUUCUGUAAGGCUUUUCACAAGGAAUUAAAUGCAGGUUUAUUCAUGUCAGAUGCACACACACUGGGACACUUCUGAUAGUAAUUUCCACAUGCAGCUCGUUUAGAAACAGAUGCAUGCAAAUGAAAGGCAUGUUUCUUUGGUUCAUUGUUGUGGUUUAUUUAUUUAACCCAGUGUAUGUUACUGUAUAUAGAGAGUUCCCACUGCUUGUGUCAAUGCACAGCUUUAAAGUGAUUUUAUAGUAAAUACUGUAUUAUUGCUUAUGUGUGGUGUUUUAACCUGGUUACAGUCACCAGGACUUUUUUUGUUGUUGUUGUUGUUGCCCGUUUGAGAAUAAAACACAUAUGAGAUA